AAUGAAUAUUCCCACUAAAGUAUAGCUGUACAAAUCAACGUUUAAUAUAAAGUAUAUGCAGCUAUUCUCUUUUCGUUCUUUCGUUCAUCCCGACAAUACACAAAAGAAAGAGAAUCAGAGAAGAAAAAACAUAUGCAGAAAUAUGCCGAAAAAAAAAUGGGAGAAUAGAAUUAAAAUCGCUAGUUUCUACGCAAAAAUAGUUUUUCGUUUCUUUCUCAAAAACUAAGAGUUGUCCAGGAAAAGGUUGUAGCAUAUCUGGGAUCCUCGUUAAAUUCCCCAUCGAUUGAUGCAUUCCGUUUUCUUGUAAACCAGUCCCAGGAAAAGUGACCUGUUUUGCUAUGUAUAAGAAUGUCGCAUACCGUUCAUUGAUAUAUCAAUAUCAAUACUUGAAUUUCUGAUGUAAAAAAUGCAAUUGUCUGCUUCGUAUCUUCAACUCAGUCAAAAAAUAAACUAUUGUAACGUUGCGCACGCUUUUUGAAGACAGACGAUUCUCGAUAUUUCUGUUAGAAAAAAACAACUGUUUUUAUGUUCUCUGUUUGCUUUUUUGUGUUUGCAAAUAGCAGUUUAUCAUUUUUCUUCAAGAAAAAAGAAAACAAUUCAUGUCAUAAUCGCAUCACAUUGUUACAUGGUUUUUUCCAACUUAAAAAGUAUCUAUUAUUUUCACCUUUUGACUGCUUCUAUUUUUUUGUUUGAUAACUAAUGACCAGCUUACGUCGCGAUCACAUAUAAAUCAAGAGGGGACAAGGCAAAUGAUCACUACCCUCAAAAUAUUUCUUCUGUUGAUCCGAUUAUGGAUAACAUUAUGCGAAAAAUAGUGAAAUUUUAUAGUCCAACCUUGAUUCGUUCUCGAGACAAUCAAGACUAUAAAUAAACAGAGUAAAUAAAUCCAUGUUUUGAACUGUUAAACGAUGACGUGUUGAUCACUGAACAUAGCAGCAAAACGUUUUUGUCGACUCCAACGUUGAUAAGGUGGCAGAAAGUCAAAUUGCAAAAAACGUUUUCGUUAUAUAGCUGAAUAGAGCUCAUCGAGUUGUAUAUGUAAAUAUCAUUUCUAAGUUUUUUAAAAUGACUUUCUUGCGGAAGAAUUGAAAAAUCUUAAAAAUGUGAAAUUGGCCAAAUCUUGUUUUAACGAAACUUUUUAGUCGACUUUGUUUGUUCUACAUCGAGGAACAAAAGUAGAUAUUACUUUCUUUAAAGUACUUCUUUGGUGAAAAACUGAAUUUUCGUUCAAGUCUACUGGUUUUUCACGUUGAAGGGAGUAGGCAUUUAUUGAUAACGACGUGAAGGCUCACCGAAAUUUACUUGAAAUUUUGACACAUAGGUAAGGAACAACCUGGAUUCGAACUCACAUAUCGAAAAGACCUCUAUCGGAUUUCUAGAGCCACAUAAAAAUCCUUUCCAGUUGAAAACAAUACUAAUAAAUAUUAUACAGGUAAAACAAAUGAUAUUGAUCAACGAUACGCCCAACAUCUUGCUGAUAAAGGUACCGUAUGGACAAAACGCUAUCCACCAAUUAAAAUAAUUUUAUCUCGUACUAUGAAAGAUAAAUGUGAUGAAGUUACUACAACAUUAAAGUACAUAAAACAAUAUGGUAUUGAAAUGUACGCAGUGGAUCGUGAUCACAACUGA